CUGUCAAUCUCUUCCUUUUCCAAUUGUUUUUGCUGAUUUAUCUGUUUCAUUUUUGUCGUGUUCCACUCCUGCUGCAAACUAUCUAAGCCAAGAACCUCUGAUCCUUCCCCAGAAGAAAACCCCAAAAGCAAAAACUUCUAAUCAUCUCCAAUGAAACCAUUGACCACAAAUCUCCCUUUCAAGUCACCCGUAACUUUUCCACUCUAAAUAUGCAAUCAUCUACCAUACCCACAUUCCCAACUUCACUUUUUCCUCCAAAAACCCUCCUUUUCUCUUCAAAAACCCAGUCUUUUCCAUCCAAAAGCUCACUUCUUGCCCAAAGUUAUCAUCUUUUCAGGCCAAAAAUGGCUUCUCUAAGUGGGUUUAUUGUAAGAUCACAAACGGGUACUUCUUCAAGUGAUGAAAAGGGGUUUUCUACUUUGAGUGAAUAUAUAGGGAAGGGAGGGAUUGAUGUGGGAGAUGAGUUAGUGGUGUUGUAUGAUCAUAUACAAUAUGCCUGUAAGAGAAUUGCAGCUCUUGUGGCUUCUCCUUUCAACUCUAGUCUCAGUAAACAGAGUAAUUUUGCUGGAGGUGACAGUGGUUCAGGCAGAGACGCACCAAAACCUCUUGAUAUUGUCUCAAAUGAAAUCAUCUUAUCUUCCCUUAAAAAUUCUGGAAAAGUUGCUGUUAUGGCUUCAGAAGAAGAUGAUGCUCCAGUUUGGAUUAACGAUGAUGGUCCAUUUGUGGUGGUAACAGAUCCUCUUGACGGGUCUCGAAAUAUCGAUGCCUCCAUUCCUACAGGAACAAUUUUUGGGAUAUACAGGCGCCUUGUUGAACUGGAUCAUCUACCCCAGGAGGAAAAAGCUACGCUGAAUUCAUUGCAAAGUGGAGCCAAGCUUGUAGCUGCUGGGUAUGUUCUCUAUUCAUCAGCCACUAUACUGUGCACCAGCUUUGGUUCUGGAACGCAUGCAUUUACACUGGAUCAUUCCACAGGAGACUUCAUUCAGACUCAUAUAGACAUUAAGAUUCCUCCUCGAGGGCAAAUUUAUUCUGUAAAUGAUGCGCGAUACUUUGACUGGCCUGAAGGAUUGAGGCAAUAUAUUGACACUGUUAGACAGGGGAAAGGCAGAUACCCCAAGAAGUACUCUGCUCGUUAUAUAUGUUCUCUCGUAGCUGAUUUCCAUCGAACGCUGUUGUAUGGUGGUGUCGCAAUGAAUCCAAGGGACCAUCUUCGUCUAGUUUAUGAGGCAAAUCCUCUUAGUUUUCUUGUUGAGCAAGCCGGGGGCAGAGGUUCUGAUGGUAAAAGCAGGAUUCUCUCUAUGCAACCAGUCAAAUUGCAUCAAAGACUACCUUUAUUUUUAGGAAGUUUAGAAGACAUGGAAGAGUUAGAGAGUUAUGGAGAUGUUCAACAGAAAGUAAACCCUGGAUAUGAAGUUUGAUUUUAUGCUGAUUCUUCAACAGUUGUGAUAAGAAUUGACUUAAGCUGUUCUGCUGCUAGUUUCCUAUUCAUUAAGAAUUUGCAAUUUUCAAGUCCCUGUAGACCGUUCCAAAUUCAGAGUGCUGACAGUUGCCUGGCUCUCAUCUUUCCUACCCAAUUGACAAACAUAGCUUGGAGAGUUUUGGCAUGAAAAAUUUGAAGGCCAUGUGGGAUUUAAUGUUGUUCCUUCUUGAUGUUCUUCCCUUUCCCUGUUUGAAGGGUCAGCUUUUUUUUAUUACAAAUGUAUACCUUCUUCUUGUACCAAUACAUCAAAUAAUCACCCUUUGCAAAUUAUUGUAUAAAAAAUCGUGUCUUGUAUAAUAGAUCCACUUCUGCCUUCA